AUGACAUCAAUUGAAUCGAUAAUUAGCGCAAAUACUUACGGUGACAAUGAAAAUGCGUUUUUCAUACUAAAUGUGGAGGAAUUGCAUAUUAAACACCAGAAAUGGUUGCAAUGUCUGCCACGUGUUCAACCAUUUUAUGCGGUUAAAGCUAAUAAUUUGAAAUUAAUUUUGAAAAUACUCGCUAAUAUGGGACUAGGAUUUGACUGCUCGAGUCAGAGUGAAGUGGAGGCUGUAAUGGACUGUGGGGUGAGCACCGAUCGUAUGAUAUUUGCCAAUCCGUGCAAAUCUAGCGCACAAUUACGUUACACUCAAUCGAUUGGACUAAAGUUAAUGACAUUUGACAACGAGAUAGAGCUGACCAAAGUGUCGGCCCUCUAUCCCAACGCACAACUCGUACUGCGAAUCAAAACAGACAACACGUACUCGACGUCCAAAUUAAGCCUUAAGUUUGGCGCCGGUGUUGAGGAAGUGGAGUCCCUAUUAUGCAGAGCUAAAUGUCUCGGACUUAAUGUUGUCGGCAUUGCAUUUCAUGUGGGAAGUGGAUGUCAGAAGUCGGAGCCAUAUAUCGAUGCAAUAGAGAAGGCGAGACAAGCGUUUGACACGGGAUUGAGUCUGGGCUUCAAUAUGACUGUACUGGACAUUGGGGGCGGGUUUGUAGACAGUCCACAGUUGGCUAAACUGCCCUUCGAGACCAUCACCAGCGAUAUUAAUAGAGCGUUGGACCGGUAUUUCCCUUUGGACAGUGGGCUGACCAUUAUAGCGGAACCGGGAAGGUUUUACACGAUGACUGCAAUGGAUAUAUGUGUCCAAAUUACGUCCAAACGGGUCGUACUCAGUGAUGAGGAACGGCUCAUCAUGUAUUACAUCAACGAUGGAUUGUAUGGAUCAUUCAGUUUUGUAACAACUGGCCACCGGUUGGUACAGCCGUUCCCUGUGCUAAAAGAGCCCUCAGAUGUAGAGUCACGCCAGAAAUGUCUGUCCGUCAUAUGGGGUCCAACGUGUGACAGCUAUGACUGCGUGCGGACUGAGCACCGGAUGCCUGAAUUGUUUGCCGGCGAAUGGAUUCGUUUCAAAGACAUGGGAUCCUACUCUAUAUGCGCCGCCUCUGCCUUCAAUGGUAUGCCGGCCCCCAAAAUGAUACUUUUCAUCACAGAUUUGGCUUAUAAUUGGUUGGAAGAAAUGCAUAAUUGGACUCAAAUUGAAAGUCUUCUCAAUAAUUAUAAAAACUGUAAUAAUGUGUUGGAAUUGAUAUAA